GGUAUACUGUAGUUGGAUCUGUAGGGAAGUCGCCUGUGUCUACUUGUAGCAGAUGAACGAUAUCUCAUCACCGCGACAAACUUUUGAUCUUUUGUCUCCUUGAAUGGUGAUGCACCUAUUACAUUCGCCCCUCAGGCAAGAUGGUUUGGUUUAUGGAAGGAAUGUGCUUAUUACCUAUUUUCCUGGUCAUUUGGUCAUCGAGCACAUUCAUUGUUUCUUAUAUUAUCGCACUGUUACGACGAGACGUUGAUGUUGUCCUUCCUUAUAUAAGCGAUACAGGGGCCACUCCUCCUGAGAGCUGUGUGUUUGGAUUCAUGUCGACAAUCACUGCCUUUGCAGCAUUUUCCACCAUGUAUGCUGAAUAUAAGUUUGUAGAAAGAGUACAUGAGAGAACAGGUAGCGUGCCCCCCUGUCUGAACAAAGUUUCUUUUGGUUUUGGCGUCAUCUCAUGUGUCGGCAUGUGUUUUGUGGCUACAUUUCAGGAGACAACAGUGAUGGCCGUCCAUGAUUUCGGGGCUUUACUAUUCUUCAUUUCUGGGGCUAUAUACACUGUCCUUCAGAGCAUGAUAUCAUACCGUGCUCAUCCUUAUGGAUCUUCAAAGUGCAUGUGUCAUUUCCGCACAUUCUUUGCUGUACUGGCCUUCCUGGCAGUAUUUCCCACCAUUUUCUGCGCAGUUUCUGUCGGAACAAGCAAACUUCAUUGGAGCAGCGAUGAUAAGGAUUACACACUUCAUAUUGUUAGUGUUGCGUGUGAAUGGAUCACUGCCUUCAGUUUCAUUUUCUUCUUCUUAACAUACAUCCAAGAGUUCAAGCAAUUCACUCUGAAGCCGACCGUCAAUUUAACAGAGUAUUCGUGACCAACACCAUACUGUGUUAUAGAAUGAAAUAUGGUGCAUUUUUAAAGGGGCAACUCACCCCAAAAUAUAAAUUCUCUCAUCAUUUACUCACCCUCAUUUAAUCCCAGAGGUGUAUGACUUUCUUUCUUCUGCAGAACAAAGAUUUUUAGAAGAAUGUUUCAGCUUUGUAGGUUCCUUGAAUGCAAUUGUGACCAGAACUUUAAAGGUCCAAAAAGCACAUAAAGGCAGCAUAAAACAAAUCCCAAAAAGACUCCAGUGGUUUAAUCCAUGUCUUCAGAAGUUAUAUGAUAGGUGCAGGUGAGAAACAGAUAAUUAUUUAAGUAAUAUUUUACUAUAAAAACCUCCCUGCCCAGUAGGUGGCGAUUUAAUAUUGAUCUGUUUCUUACCACAUGGGUCAUAUCGCUUCUGAAGAUAUGGAUUAAACCACUGGAGUCAUAUGGAUUUGUUUUAAGAUGCCUUCAUGUGCUUCAAAGUUCUGGUCAUCAUUCACUUGCAUUGUAUGGACCAAGAGAGCUGAGAUAUUCCUCUAAAGAUAUUUGUUUGUGUUCAAAAGAAGAAAGUCAUGCACAUCUGGUAUGGCGGGUGAGUAAAUGAUGAGAGAAUUUUCAUUUUUGGUUACUUUCUCUUUAACAGAAUUAUAGCUUUUUUUUUACAACUUACAACCUUUUCAAACUUUGAAAGUCCUGACAAUGUACUGUCUAAUUUGCAUUGUAUAUUUUUGUAGCUUGAACUUUAAUCAAUUUAUUUUUUGAUUAAAUCUUGUUUUUGUAAAGAUGCACAAAACAUGUACUUGAAAUAUAAUACACGCUAACCAUUGAGGCCAAGAAAUUUAUAAAGCUGCUUGAUUAUUAUAUUCAUUCAAUAAGUAUUUAAUAAUCGAUCAAGACAUUGAAAUGUCUCACAUAUACUGUAAGUUUGCAUAUAUUACUGUACUACAGUGUAAACCAAUCUGUGCUCCUGUUUUAGUUUUUAUGUUGUGCAAUGUUGAUGAUUUUUGUUUAACCGUGUAAAUAUUCCAAAAAUAUAAUGCAGCUGAGAGUGAACCACAGGAGUGUUUUACCCUCCCACUUUAAUCAAUGCAAUGGGAAUGUAUGUCAGUUGCUUGCAGUGUGCUCUUACAGAAUGUGUGUCUGAGUUUGUGUAAUAAAAGCACAUGAAGAUGAUGUCAUAACUGAACAACCUAGAGCAGAGUUUCCUAACCUUUUUUCUGCCAAGGCACAAUUUUUAUGACAAUAAAAUUCUACAGCACACCACUAUCCCACACAGGCUAACCAUCGUCAAUAUUUUUCAUUUUUAAGAACUUGUCCAUGUUUUCUGUCCGUCUUACUAGCAUGUUUAGUUGUAAUGUUUGAAAUUCAGCUAUGCAAAAAAAGAAAAAAACAAGUCACAUAGGCAGGCUAUGCUGUGUGAGGUCACAGAUGGCAAGAGCGCUAAAUGGGUAGUGAAAAAACAACAAAUUUGCUUCUUUUUUAAUUUGUAGAUUUGUUCUUGCAAUAUCACAACAAAUUACAGGGAUGCAAACUCAUGAGGGGCGAAAAGGUUAAGACAAUCACUGGUCCAUGAACAUUUUUUCUGGGGAUAUUUUUUUAAGAAUAAGCUAAAAGCACCAAUUCCAGCUAUUUUACUGAUUCAAGUUUAUUCAAGUUUACAAUUGUGCAGAAUUCG